CUACGAGGGUUUGUUUCAGUUGAAGCUUCAGAGCUCAUCAAAUGGAGAGAGCAGCUCUUCACAAGCAUUUCCAGAGCUUCAAUGGAAUAAUUUCUUAUUCCAAUUCUACCCUCUACCCAUUGAGAAGACGAAGAACAGAACAGCAGAACUCAAAGUGCUUGUCGGGUGCUUCUUCCUUUCUUCUUCCCAAGCUGCCUACUGCCUCCAAACAUCAGCAACGAAUCAAGGUAUAUGCGAGUAGUAGAAGAAGAAGAAGAGCAAAUGAAAGUAGUGAUACGUAUGUGCUUUUGGAGCCUGGAGAAGAUGAGAAAUUUGUCUCCAAAGAAGAAUUGGAAGCCAUUUUGAAAGGUUGGCUUCAAAAUUGGCCAGGUGAAGCUCUUCCACCUGAUCUUCAACGCUUUGAAUCCAUUGAGGAAGCUGUUUCUUUCUUGGUUAAGUUUGUUUGUGAACUCGAAAUCGAUGGAGAUAUCGGUUCCAUUCAAUGGUAUCAAGUUCGUCUCGAGUGAUUCUUCGCACUUUAUAACCCUCUCUUGACAAGAAAAUUUGACUGGGUUUUUUUGAAUUCGAAAUGAUGGUUGAAUUUGGUGUAAGUAAACGAAGAAUAGGCUCAUGCAUCUCCUAUACAUAUAUUGACAUUUAUUGAAUUCAUAACUCUGGUUUAUUGGGUUCAUCUCUUAUUUAUUUAGUUCAUAACUCUUUUAGUUCCGGUUGAGAUGUAUUGAGUUUGAUUAAGUAUCUAUUUAGUGCCAGUUGGAAAAAUUUUGUUGAGAAACACUUUGAUUAUUGAGAUUUGUUG